CUUCCUCCUCCGCUACACCUCCAAAAGCGCUUCUCCCAACAACUGAAGCGCUUCUCCGAGCUAGGGUUUCCUUCCGAAACAUCUCAUGGCGCCGCCGCUCCUCCUCGUUCUCCUCCUUGUCUCCGUGUCCUCCGAUUGGGCCAUUGCUCACCAACAAGCCAACGACGAAGCAUUCAUCUCCGCAGUGAUCUCCGAGAAGGGGAUCGGCUUCGCCAAGGACGUGCUCGUGGAGCAGGCGAUCGAGUUUCUCACGCCGCUCCAGCUCCCCGAUAUCGAGAAAUCGGUGCAUAUACCGCUCAUCGGGACGGUCCACAUGGUGGCGUCCAACAUCACGCUCCACGGGGUCAACGUCUCCUCCUCCGCGGUGCGGAUCGUGGACUCGGCGUUCGCGAUCGUCGCCUCGGGGGCCACCGCGUAUCUGAGCAUGGAUUGGAGUUACUCGUACAGCACCUGGCUUAUCACAAUCUCUGAUCGGGGAAACGCUUCCGUUCAGGUUGAAGGCAUGGAAGUUGAGCUUACCAUGAGCGUAACGAAUCAGAAUGGGGUUCUGGAGCUUACUGUCUUAGAGUGCGGCUGCAAUAUAGAGGACUUGGACAUAACCGUGACUGGAGGAGCAUCGUGGUUUUAUCAAGGGUUUGUAGAUGCUUUCCAUAAUCAUAUUCGAACAGCAGUGGAAAAUGCAAUCACUCGAAGGAUUACUGAAGGAGUAUCAAAACUCGAUGAGCUACUGCAAAAAAUUCCAAAGAAAAUCAAUGUGGAUAAAUUUGUUGCUUUGAAUGUGACUCUUGUGAAUGGUCCACUAUAUGGAAAUUCCUCUGUCGAGUUCGAUGUCAAUGGCUUAUUCAUUUUGCUAGAUAAAGUUCCUGAAUUAAACUACUUGCUGAAUCAUCCGCACUUCUCCCUUGGUUGUGGUGGUGCAUCAAAAAUGCUCUUAAUUUCCUUUGAUGAAGUUGUAUUCAACUCAGCAUCAGCCGUGUUGUUCCAGGUAGGUUUAAUGCAUUGGAUUGUAGACAAGUUGCCUGAUAAUUCCAUUUUGAACACAGCCAGCUGGAAAUCGCUCAUCCCUCAAUUAUACAGCACGUAUCCAAAUGAUGAUAUGUUGCUGAAUAUUUCUUUAACCUCAUCUCCAGCCGUGAGGAUCACAGAAGAGAAAAUUGGUACUACCAUAUAUUUGGACACGAUAGUUAAUGUUCUGGUUGGUGCUGAGAUUGUUCCUGUUGCAUCUAUUUCAGGGGUAGUUACUGUCUCCGGGAUUGUGGAGGUGUCAGAGAAUAAUUUAGCUGGUAAAGCUGAAUUAGAUGCUCUCUCCCUCACUCUGAAGUGGAGUGAAGUCGGAAGCUUGAAUAUAUCUUCAAUUCAGGCAGUGGUUCUGGAUUUCUUGAAUAAUAUCAUUGUGCCAUUUGUGAAUUCUCAUCUCAAUCGAGGAUUUCCUUUCCCAAUUGUCCAUGGAUUCACACUCCAAGAUGCAUAUAUAUUCACUUCGGACUCGAGGAUAUUUGUUUGCUCUGAUGUGGUCAAUACCAACCCAAUUCUGAGUCUUUUAGUAAACAGUCCUUUUCAGUACCUAUAAGCAUCUGCAAAGCUCAGCAUUAUUUGAACUAAUCUAAUGUGCAAAUGCAAUUGUACCAAUGAUGCAAUACGUCACGUCUGAGGCUCUGAGCUAUAUUUGUAUCCUGUGUACAGAAUACUUGUUCUUCUCCACCUUCUUCCAUACAAGUGUGAGUCGAAUUUGUAGAGACAGGCCAGAAUAAUUGGCGGGUUAUUUGAAGAACUACUAUUUGUUUGUGCUUAUGCCAUAUUCAAUGUAAGAACUGUUAUUACAUUUGGAUUACAAGUCUAUUGCAGCAGUGUAUC